AAAUCCCCCCAAAAAGUUGCCAUACGAGGGAUUUUGCUCCCCUCCUCCCCCCUCCCCUCCAAAAAAAUGAACCAAACACAUAAAAUCUAAAAUAUUCCCCCACAUCACCUCCACUCCCCUCCAAAACCCCCGAACCAAACAGACCCUAAUCGCUAAAAGUAGAAAAAAAACCUAACGGCGAAAAUCCCUUAAAACUGAGCGAAAUUCAAAAGCAAGUAAACAGCUUUUGUUGGAUGAAUCCAUCGAAGAAGAAUUUGAAAAUGCAGUCGACGAGCGUUGGUAGCAAGGAGGAAGGCAUGAAAGUGACUGAAGAGGACACACACAUCAAACUCACAUUGAAGAUGGGUCAUUUUGGGAGUCCAUUUGUCUACACAAUGAAAAGAAGCUGUCAAUUCAAAAAGCUCAUGAUUGAUUACAGUGAUAGGUACUCUAGAGAUUUUAAUUCAGUGUUAUUUUCAGCUGGCCGAGGUUGCAUCGAAGAAGAGAAGACUCCAAAUGAGCUGCACUUGAAGGACGGGGACAUAAUAUAUACAAAUUUCCGAUCUGGCAACAUCAUGCUCAAGAUCAAAGGCCAGGAUGGGUAUGAAGCUUCGUUCGAAAUGCGUUUUAAUUCUCGAUUGGAAAAGCUUAUGGAUUUUUAUUGUCGUAAAUAUUGUUUGGAGGUUACUGAAGUUGCUUUUCUUUUCAAUGGGCGUUUCCUCCGAGCAGAUCAGACACCUUCCAAGCUGCAUAUGUGUCAGGGAGAUGAGAUAUAUGUCGUUCUCUAUGAUCAGAUUGAUCUCAUCGAACUAAAGCAAAAAUCUCAGAUGGCAACUAAUGUUGAUAUUAGUGAUUCAAAGCUUUGGCCUGACUUAGAAACUAAAGCUUUCAUAAACAUUAUGGUUCGUAAAGCUACAUAUGGAAAUAUGUCAAAUGACGACGAGUGGGACUUUAUGACUUCUGAGUUGAAUUCGAUAACAAAUCGGACCUAUAAAAAAGAACAACUAAAGGAGAAAAUGCAUAGGCUACAAGCCAUGUAUCAUGAAUUUAAUUCACUCUUGCAAAACCCUGAGUUUAAGUGGAAUGCUGAAACUAACACUUUUAGUGCAAGUGCUGAGGUCUGGCAAAAUUAUCUUCAGGCACAUGAUAAAACUGCUCAAUUUCAAAAGAAAGGGUGUGACUACUAUUAUAAAUGGUUGGAAAUCAUAUUCAACAAAGAUAAUGCAUAUGGAGGAUUUCGUCAUUCAGACGAUGAUAUACAAGAAGUCGAGUACGCCACACAGAAUGGAAAGAGAAAAAUUCAAGUAAAAGAUCGUAAAUAUAGGAAAGGGUCGACAUCAUGUCAGAAGGGAGACAGACAUUUAACUUCGACCAAACCAUCUACGGCAAGAGCUAAGAGUAAUAACGGUAAGAGUUUGGAGGCUACUUCUCCGCAUGUAACAUUAGAUUGUUCUAUUACUAAGUGUGUAGCUGCUCUUGAAAAGAUAGAAGAUAUUUCAGAUGACAUCUAUGUAAAAGCCUUGGACAAAUUUCACGAUCCUAAUUGGAGAGAAAUGUUUAUUGCCAUGUCUAAUGAUAGGAGACGUGGAUGGCUAUUUAGACUUUAAAAUUUUACUUGCAUAUGUGCUGUUAAUGAUGAGACAUAUUCUCUUUAAGGUUAAGUUUUUUUUUUCUACUUUGCUGGUGAACUAUUGUCUGUGUUUAUAUUAUAUGACAUGUUAUAAUCAUAGUAGAUUUUGAUAGUAUUGAUGAUUUACCAU